AUGCUGGUCUCUGCGACGCGGGCGUUCCGCACCCCCAGUGCACCACGGACGACUGCUGCUGCACUUCCAUCGUGCUCGUAUGGCUACACGACACUGUCAGCAUCACAAACUGUAUCAUUACGUUACCCUCGUCGAUCUUCGCUAAAUGCUUCCACACACCGGAUCGAGCGUGCAUCUCGCGGGCUGGCUUCCUUCACCGGCGCAUCACCCACCCACUCCGAACCCAACGCGCUACAAGUCACCGACCCCCUCCUCAUCUACCGCGCCAAAGUAGCCCGCGGCGAACUCGAAGAGGACGAAGAACAACUCCGAGCCCUCAUCGAACUGCGUCGUAUCAACCGAACUCUACGCGACUACGUUCCCCCCGCCCAUCUCCUCGGCAUCCUCCACGACGACUCGCAAUCCUCGUCUUCUUCCGCUCUGGCCUCGGCGAUCGAUGCUCGACUGCGUCCUGGAGCCAAAGAGUUUCAAGAAGAACCGAGCUCUCGCAAAGGUGAGAACAUCGGAGAGCUCGUACGAUGGUUGAGCGAGAGCGAAGGUUUGGCGGAACUGGGAACGCCCAAGGGAUUGUUGAUCACAGGCACACCAGGGACGGGAAAAAGCAUGGUCAUGGAUAUCUUCUACGACUCUCUGCCGACAAAGUACAAGUUCAGGCGGCAUUACCAUCAUCUCUUGCUCGAUCUGUACAAGAUCAUCUGGCAGGAAGCCGAACGGAGACGUCUAGCGGUGCGUCAGGGAACACCACGAUCCACAGCAACACCAGAGAUCGGUACAGGUGCCGUGUGGACCAGAGAGAACAGAUCUUCCUCGUGGAGGAGAGCUCUUCGUGGCAUGCCGUUCUUCCGUCCCGACUCCCUCGCAGAUGACCCCAACGAGAAACUUCAGUACAUCCCAGGACCCGAUGGAGACGUCGUCAAGACAACACUGCCGCUGCACGCCGCAGCACAUCUUUUCCUGAAUCACGGACACAUCCUGUUGUUUGAUGAGAUUCAGUUGGUGGAUGUGGCGAGUGCAGGGCUGCUGAGGAGGACGUUGGAGGCGUAUUGGAGGUUGGGAGGCGUGGUUGUGGGGACGAGCAAUAGGAUCCCGAAGGAUUUGUAUGCGAGCAACGUUCAGAGGGGACAGUUGACGCAAUUCUUGGAGAUCCUGCAGGAGAGAUGUCCGAAUCACGAGAUGAGAAAGAGCAGGGAUUUCAGGAGACAGCCUUUCUACCGCCAAGAAUGGCUCGCUAGGAAUGAGGAAGCCGAAGACAGCGUAGAGAACACACAAGAUUCGGGCAGUGAACCCGCGGGCGAGGUCUCAACUGCACCUCAAACGUCGUACUUCCUCCGCAGUGAAGCGGAAAAAUACGAUCGCCUGGUCUCCGAGGUCAUCGCCGGUCGAGCCUCCAGUCCUACCACGCUCAACGUGUACGGACGCAAGCUGCACGUACCCCGGUCCAUCCCCUCCACCUCUACCUCACCCUCCGUCUGCCGAUUCACCUUCUCCGAACUAUGCGACUCCCCGCUCGGUCCCGCGGACUACCUCACCCUCGCCUCCACCUAUCAUACGUUCAUCCUCGAGGGCGUGCCCCAGCUCACCCUCAUGCAGAAGAACCAGGCCCGUCGGAUGAUCACCCUCCUCGACGCCGUCUACGAAGCCGGGUGCCGCCUCGUCGUUCUCGCCGACGCUGCGCCCGACGAUCUCUUCUUCCCCGAUGCCGAGGGCGCUGCACAACACGCAGCUAGAGGUCCUGCUGCUGGUCCCGGCGACGUCCGCCCCGAACUCCAGUACAAGGGUGAUGCUAUGGAAGACGUGGUCGACAUGUCGACGAAGGGUGGUCGCAGCCCGUUCUUGACUCCUCCGCCGGGUCAGGGUUAUCCGGAGGAAGACGAGAUCGCUCGAAGAAAGGCGAACCAACGCGUGGAUUUCAACCGGGACGAAUUCAUGACGGAAUCGCUCAUCAUGGCUGAAACCCUGUCGGAAGCCAUGCAGGAUACAGAAGAGGGGUUCAGACCCAACAUAUCGGCUUACUCUUCCGACAAACCUUCGACCCGAUCUACCGUCGAGUCGAAGAAGGACGACAAAAUCGGUUUCAAACAUCUGGCGAUCUUCAGUGGCGAGGACGAAAGGUUCUCGUACCAAAGAGCCGUUUCCCGCCUCUUUGAGAUGAGUCAUCCGGACUGGAUGAAGCGGAAAGGUUGGAGGCCUUUCUUGAGCAACGAGAUGGAUUCUUGGGCAGGCACAUCCACGAAAGAAGAGGCGGUGGGGAAAGCGAUCGUGGCGAACGAGUUGAACGAAGCGCAGAGACACAUGGACCGUGCUGCGAGUGCUGCGGCUAGCGUUUCCGUCUCUGCGGAUUCGCCGCGAUUUGUCGAUCCGAGUGGAGAUUUCGCGGAAGAAGCGUCGUACGAGACAGCGUCCUUCCCAGGCAGAAGGGAUGCACAGACAAAGUUGGAGCAGGAGAUGGAGGAGUGGACCGCGAGGAAGUUGCAGCAGCAGCAGAAGCAGGAACAAUCUCAGGGAGGAAAGAAGUACGAGGCACCGGACUUCUCGCCAGGACCGAUCGGGAAGAAGCGGAAUCGAGAUCAGGGACCACCGGUGCUGUCCGAGGCGCACAUCUGGGGUGUCAGGGAGGAUUGGGGUAAGAAGGCUGGUGCGUGGGGUAAAGGUUCUGCGAUCUUUGCUCAAGAUGAGCCUGCUGAAGGUUCGCAUCCUGCACGAUCGACGCGUCGUCCCACCAGCUCCCCAACUCAUCCCAGUCCGAGCAACACUGGAAGCGGAAGCAAGAGAUCCUUCUCCACCUCCUCCCACCUCUCUGCUCGCACGAUCGAUUUCUACUCAACCCUGCAAGUACCUCGAUCAGCAACGCAAGCGCAGAUCAAAUCGCAGUUCUACAAGCUCUCCAAAGAGCUGCACCCUGACGUCAACCCAUCCGAAGACGCCAAGAAACGGUUCCAACAGGUCUCGGAAGCGUACGCCACGCUCUCGCACCCAAAAGACCGAAAGGCGUACGAUCGACAAUCCUCCUCUGCUUCUUCCUCCUCUUCUUCCUCCAAUUACUCUGGUUAUGGGGAUAACGUCGGCGGAGGCGGAGGGUACUACUACAACUCGGAGGACAACAUCAACCGUCGCGCCCGAGCCACCUACGCAUGGGACUACCAACGACGUAGAAAGGCGCAGGAAAGCGCAAGCUUCGGUAGACAGACGCAUUCGAGCGUGUUCAACGACAGCAUGACCGGUGGUGGGGGCGAUGCGUUCGAGACUCUGGCUGCACAGCAGAGGGCGAGGGAGGCGAGGAACAGGGCGAGGCAGACGGGCAGCGCGGCGAGCACGAUGCAGGAGAGGGAGUAUCAGUCGGAUGUGGCGAAUCCGUUGGUCAGGUUUGGGCAGGUGGUGGUGAUGCUGUACAUGGUGUACAAGGCGGGGACGUUUUUCGUGGGACAGGGGGGUGAGGGGAGAGGGAGGAGAGCCGAUGGUAGAAGGGUGUGA